CUCCGAAUACAGAAUGGCUUCAUUAAGUUAGCUUGAAACACGUGUCACGCGUUCCGGUUCUUGGGAGAAGAAUGGCCGCAGACAUGUGUGGUCGUACUGUAUUGUGGCCCCCUUCUAUGCACCUCAGACGAUGUACUCCCGUGUCUCGUUGAUCGGUGUUUUGACAUGAAACUCAUUGCGGUAAUCGGUGCCAAUGGGUAAAAAGACUCAGGCAUAAAGACACGCUGCCCUCUGUGAUGUAAGCUAUUGAUUACCACCAGCACUUUUUCGACCUCCCACUCGCGAAGAAAAUGCAUACGAGACGCCAUGGAGUUGCUAUUCUCGCCUUUUGCUUCUUACAAGCAACUGUGUGCAUGUACCUGUCUGAGCCAUCCCGGGGCAGUGAAGCGGCAAGGUUAGGGGAUCAAAACUUGCGAGCGGAGGCUUCGAAUACGUUGGCAACUCAUGGUGCCGCAAAUGGCCGCAUCGGUGAAAAUUCCGAAGGUGGCGCGAAGCCUAAACUUAGGAUCUCCCGACCAUUUGGUGGUACCAUCACGAAGUCCAAUGGAAAGACUGAGAUAACUUUAACAGCGGCAGCGAAAUUGAAGGUUGGCUCUGAAGAAUGGAAAAAAAGUGAAACCCAGUCGAUGAGAAAGAAUUUCCAACUUUUACGAAAAACCGUGGCGAUUCUCAAACAUAGAAUAACUCGUGAUUACACAUACGUGUUUUUCUUACGCAGCGAGAAGACGAGGAACUUUUUGGAUUACAUCGAGGAAUUAGAAUCGGUUCACGAAAUCCUGUUGACACCCAUACAAAAUCGAUUGUUUAGAUUAAAAGACCACUCGUUGAUAAUUUCUCCCCAUGAGCUUGAACUUAAACCGGCGGAGGUAGCAACUACAUCUCAAACACAAGCAGCAAAACAGAAUUCCAUAGAGAAGGAAAAAUAUUCAUCCGCCCCUUCUCAAGAAAAAACUUUAGAAUCUGGCGAAACCAGUUCGAGGAAGUCUAAUCCGCCAUCAAAAACCCCUGAAACAACUCUGGAAUCAGGAGAAUUAAGCGGAAAUGCUCUUGAUGGGACCCUUGACAAGAUCAAUUGGGAUUUGCUGGUGGAUUUGAACGAUUUGUUGAAAAGGAUCAGCACGGUCGAAGUGUGGAAGCAGGCUAAAAAAGGACCAUGGUAUCAACACACGUUGGACCUCCAGCAAGCGAUUUUCCAAACCGUUGAUUUCAUGUACAGCCAUGAAUUGAUAACAAAGGAAACUCUUCAGAGAUUCUUUGGACUUAAAGGAUCGCUAGGUAUAGCUUCAUACAUUAUGGCAGCAGAUGGGGCUUGGGUUGGUGUUGUAUUUUCUAGGAAGUUUAAAAGCAUAAUAAGCCCCACCCACCCUUAUUCAGACGCUUAUUCCAGAGUAGUCCAUGAAAUUAUUCAGGAAAGAAAUGCGCAAAAAAUUGGAGAUUUGUUGUCUACCUGAAAUGCUCAUAUAAUUUAAGCUUGAAAAUUGUGUCAAAACUUCUCUUGUCCCUUGGAUUUACUCAUGUUUCAAUCUACUUUCUCUGGUUUUUUUGAAAUAUUUUUAUCAUCAGUUAGUUUGAUUAAUUACAUGCAUAUUGAAGGCUUCCA